AUGCUCGUUUCCUCCACCCGUCCCUCAGCCACUAGCAGCCUCGACCCUCAUCUUGAGGUCCACCCACACUGGAGGGUACAUGACACAGAGUACCGACUACCUAGCCCGCACUUUCUCCGGCCCAAAGAGGACGACGUCGGCGUGCUUCUCUGUCUGGAGCAGGCCAAGCCCAAUCCGAUCAAGCCACCACACGAUAGCAGCCUAUCUCGCCCUAAUCCCGAAGACGAACGUGACGAAUGGCCAGCUACAACACAGCGUGUUGCUCCCGCAAAACUGGACGAGGAGGCUCCCCUCACAUUCACCAGUCUGGGGAAUCCCGGCCGCGCGGCGGGGAUAUCUCCGGAUCUGCCAAGUGCUCGCGAGAACAUAAUCGGGGCAUGGCAGGAAGCGAAGCCACCGAGGCAACUGGGGUGCGUCAGAGACGCCCGCGUUCCGUGCCCUGCGUACCAGGACGAAAGCGAGCGUCCCAAGAGCCCCAAGGAUGCAGUGCCAGAGCGGACUGCUGCCGCCCUUUAG